AUCUAACUGAUUCACAGGCUUCCCUGGGUUAAAAACGCUGGCACAUCGGUUUUGAAACAAGAUGGACCGUUCGAGGAUGAUGUACUAGUUGCCGCCUAAAACUCUACGGACUACACUCCAUGUGUCCAACACGACCAACUUUUGCAUGGGUAUUUCUCCAGUUGCUCCGAUCACAAUGGGGAUGAUGACUACUGUUUCCAUGUUCCACAUUUGGCGGAUUUCAUCGCUCAGGGGUAGGAAGGCAGGUGAUCGGCCUAUAUUUGGAAGGAUCUUCUGAGGACACCUUCGUUUUUGGCAACAAAUAACUGAUACCACUGGCCAUGAAUGGUGGUAGUUCUUCAGGGUUGGACAGCAGGUGAG